CUCCUCAGCCUGUCAGUGUUCCAUGUGACAGGAGGAGGGAGGGAGAGCUUCACUGGCAGACUUCUCACCGUUUCCUUCCGGUAUCACAUCCUCCGAAUAUGGCAGCUACCGGGACUUGCCUCAUCUUAGCAACAGCUUCUUUGUUCUUCCUGGCCUUUCCUUCUGUGUCUGCGUUAGUGGAGGACUUGGAUGACUCGUUCAAGGAAAACCGAAAAGAUGAUAUCUGGCUUGUGGAUUUUUAUGCUCCUUGGUGCGGCCACUGCAAAAAACUUGAGCCUGUUUGGAAUGAAGUUGGUCUUGAAAUGAGAAGUAGUGGCUCUCCUGUGAGAGUUGGGAAGAUGGAUGCUACCAUUCACUCUAGCAUGGCUUCCGAAUUUGGUGUUCGGGGAUUUCCAACAAUAAAGUUAUUAAAAGGAGAUAUGGCAUAUAACUACAGAGGUCCGAGAACGAAGGAGGAUAUCCUUGAAUUCUCUAACAGAGUUGCUGGACCCUUAAUCCGACAGCUUCCAAGCCAGCAACUGUUUGAGCAUGUACAGAAGCGACACAGGGUGCUCUUCGUGUAUGUCGGCGUUGAAUCCACUCUGAAGGAGAAAUACAUUGAAGUUGCUUCAGAGCUUAUCGUGUAUACUUACUUCUUUUCAGCUUCGGAGGAAGUUUUGCCUGAGUAUGUCACCCUGAGUGAAGUUCCUGCUGUUCUUGUUUUUAAAGACUCUACUUACUUUGUUUAUGAUGAAUAUGAAGAUGGUGAUUUGGCUUCAUGGGUGAAUAAAGAAAGAUUUGAAGGCUAUCUCCAUGUUGAUGGAUUUACACUGUAUGAGCUUGGUGACACAGGAAAAUUAAUUGCUGUCGCUGUAAUUGAUGAGAAGAACAAUUCAGCUGACCACACCAGAUUAAAGGCCAUUGUCCAGCAAGUAUCAAAAGACUACCGGGAUCAUUUUCAUAGAGACUUUCAGUUCGGGCACAUGGAUGGGAAUGAGUACAUAAAUAGCUUGCUAAUGGAUGACGUAAGUGUGCCAUCUUUCGUUGUACUCAACACAUCAAAUCAACAGUAUUUUUUGCCAAGCAAACAAAUUGAAAGCACCGAAGACAUGAUUCAGUUCAUUAACAGCAUUCUUGAUGGUACAGCAGAGGCUCAAGGCGGUGAUGGAAUCCUGCAGCGACUAAAGAGGGUAGCUUAUGAUGCCAAAUCUACUGUAGUCUCGGUCUUCAAGAGUUCCCCACUCCUUGGCUGCUUCCUCUUUGGUCUACCACUGGGUGUCAUCAGUAUAAUGUGUUACGGAAUCUGCACAGCUGACACAGAUGAUGGCUCAGAAGAAAUGACCAGAAAAGAUGUAAUUGAUCACAAUGUAUCAGACGAGGGCAGUGAUGAGGAACUUGAAGAAGAGGAUAAAAAAGGAGAUAACUCCUCAGAUGUCUCUGAUGAAGAACAAGUAGAAAAGGAUUUUAUAGAAAAGAAAAAGGAUUAACUUACAUGUAAAGUGGAUAGUUCUCUAGGAUCCCAAAACCAACCUAUUUAUUUAUGUGAACCACUGGCACUGAGCUUUAUUGAAAAUUCAGCAGCAUUCUUGGCAUCUAUUCAAUUUCCAUUUUUAAAGUAAUGGAAAUAUCUGGCAGACUUAAUAGAAUUUAAUAAACGAUUUUCGAAAAACAAAAUAUUAUUAUUGUAUGUUAUGACCAAUAAUAAUCUUCAAUUUAUUGAAUCUGAGUGUGAAUGUUCUUACAAGCAAAUAUGUAUUUGUAUGAUGGCACACAUACUCCAGUCUUCUAGAACAAUUUCAUAAUAGGAAUUUUCAUGAUCUGUGAUGUUGGGUCAUAGUCCCCUAUCAGGCAGGUCUACUAUGCAGGUGUAAAAAUGAGUUCAAAUUUCUAAUAUGCCAGUUCUUUUUAUUAUUUUUGCCUACAUUUACCACAUUGACCUUGUCAUAUGUUGUUUUGCAUUAUACAAUUAUAUAUAUUUAUCUAGUGGCACAAAAUAAUAAUUGAUCCUUUUUUCAGUUAGGCCUUA